AUUUUAUUGGGCUUCUUUGCAGUAAAACAUUCUUAGGGUUUCUCGCUUGCUAACGUCGUAAUGUCGUUGUUGGCGCAUAUGAUUAACAGUGCACUUUCGGUGAAACUGCAGUCCAGUUGGGUGUUUUUGAGCGCCUUAUCGCGUUUCACCGUCCUUUGCCUCAAUCUGUCGAGUCCGACGGUCGCUUUUGCCCUAUCAUAACCGGUGUUUGUGGUUAGGGAGAUAAACGGCCAGCCGAGAUUUCAACAUUGUGGUUAAAGAAUGAAAAUAGAAUCACAUUGGAUUUUAGUUUCCCACAUAACUAUUUAUCUUGUCAGUUGGAAUUAAUGUGAACAGGCACUGAAAAGAAGAUAUGGAUGUACCCAAACAGAGAAGUAAAACAGCAACGAAAGUGAGCUUUGAAAGCUCAGAUAGCCAAGACAGUUUCUCUACUUCUGAGGAUGAGCUUGAUUCCUCUUUCAACAAAUAUUCAUCUACGCCACCUAGCCGACAAAAUAUUAAAGGAGUGCAAAAAAGGAGAGACCUCAGGGUACUGAAUUCACCCAAAUUGUCACUUGAAAAACUAGAAAAUGAUAGAAAGGAGAAGUCAACAUUGGUCACACAAAGAUGGCAACAGAGAGAAACCAGCAAACAACGAGUAUCAGAAAGAAGAUUGAAAUGGAUCACAUCCACCGACAAUGGAGGACCCAUGAGUAUGGGAGACAAAGCAUUCUUGGAUGGCUAUGCAAGUGAGGAAGAAGGAAAUUCAGAUAUUAAUACCCCCAGCAAUCAGGGAAUAAAGGUUGAAAGUCGCAAUCGAUUCAUGAGUUUGUGUUCCCGUCUAAUCAAAUUGCCGCGCAAAGUGAAGAGAACCGAUUCCCUCCAACAGAGCAAGCAAAUCAUCUCAUGCCAAAGCCGGACAGAGUUCCAAAAUUAUUUUACAAAUCUUAUGAAAUCGUCUAAUACCACGGAGAAAACAACCGUUCAGGAAGCUCAAGAAAAAAGUGAAGAAGAACUUUUGUGGCAAAGUGAAUUAAAAGAUCUCUUAUGGUUGGAAUUGCAGGCUUGGAUAUCUGACAGAACCCCACAAGAACAGGAUAACUAUCUUUAUGUCCAACGUAAAAAAAUUCCUGAUAUCUUAAAGAGAAUCAUGGAAUAUCGAUUCGAACCUUUUUAUCCGACUUCGUCGGAUAAUUCACGGUUCAGCGCUUCUGGGUCGUUCCAGGAAACAUUGGCAUGCCCUGGCUGUUUGGACGCUUUCUGCGAGAUGUGUUCUCUCAAUCAGAGCAAAGCAUUGUACGAAAUUUCAGCGUUACUAAAAGAACUGGAGAUCGUGGAGGAGCUCUACCCUUCUGGUCGCGCGUUGGGUCUCGAUUAUCCGCUUUACAGCAGCACAGCGUUUAAUGAUCGGCACAAGGCAAUUGUGUGUUGGUACAACGUGACUUGCUUGUUGCAGCUGAAAAUCGACAUCAUCGGUCACAUGCUCGUCUCUCUUGGUUCAAAGGGGCUUCCUUGGCCCACGUGGCCGGCUUGGCCAAUCGUCGAUGGGGAGAGUGCCAAAGAGGAAAUCGAUAUCGACAAGGAAAGAGAUAGUUUCGGUCAACUUCCUGAAUUGGAUGGAUAUAGACCAAGCAGUGAUGAAAUACCUAGCCCGCCGAUUCUUUUAACAAAAAAGAGAUUACUCAGAAGAGAAAAAUCACGAGUUCAAUUUUUUAUUCAAAAUGAUCCGUCUACGGCGAACCGAAUAAAUGACCAUCAUCGCAUGGAAGAAAGCCCAACAGAAUCCUGCAAGAGCGAAUAUUCUGGAAAUGAUCUGCCGGAAGCCGACGCCGAACUCAAGCAUGAAUACAUUACGGAACAUCAUCUUUACAGGGAUGACGCAUUUAUUCCGCGUUCCAAGCCGGAGCAUUUACGCCUCGACAGUUUUGGUGGAGCAUCCGAGACAGAGUCUGAAUCCUACAAAUCUGGAGGGCUGGAGACGCCAGAUGGCCGUUUGCUUUACAGACACUAUAUCGAGAGAGCUUUGAAAAGCAAAGGGCUACGCAAAAUGCUCCGUUGGAUUGUCAUCAUCCAUCGCGUGAGCAUGAUGAGAGCAAAAGAAUCCUUAUUGAAACCGGAUCAUUAUAGGGGAAGUAGUUGCUCCACGUCUCCUUACUUGUAUGAAGAAUCAGAACCAAUGGGAGGCGAUCGUCAAGCAAGUUCACUGGAGCUCGGGGAACUCCAUCGCUACGGAGCUUGGUCUGAAGAGAUCGAGUCGUUAAAAUUACCUCAGUAUCGAACACUCUACCUCUUUCUUUGCCGAAUGCCAAUGGAUGUCAUCAGGGAAUCUUUAUGCAUUCGCUUGGAACAAAAACCGGCUGAGCCGUCCGCCCUCAGUAUUCGCCAAUUGAUGCAAGAAUUCAAGGAAGGACUAAAAGUGGGUGUCAUUUGCAAGCAAAAAUAUCGAAGAGAUGUCCAUUCGGUUAUGCCGACUGAUUAUGAUGUUUCACUCCAUAAUGCCCUAGAAAAGGAAUUUAAUGAUAUUCUGAAGUUAACUCUAAGCGCUUAUCUAGAUUAUUUAAAACGAUGGGUUUGCAUGGGAUCGCCGACUAGAGCAAUACAGAAGAAUGUCUUGGAAUCAGAAUGGAAUUUCACACGGUCCGUGUGUUCAGAAAUUCCCGGCGGCGAAAUGUUGGCUGGCAACGCAUUUUGUGCAAUCGCUUCAUCGAUGUUAAGCUCAACGGGUAAAUACUUGCGUGACGGAAUUCGUCGCCGUAUGGAAUUCCAGUCAGACACUAGCGGUUCGGAGACGGAUGAGCGCUCGGAAAAGGACAUGGCACUUACCAUACUACGGCGUAUCCAGCGAGUUCUUUCAGAAGCUCGCGAUCAGUGUCUCAAAGCUGUGUCAGUUACCAAAAUGAUCCGGAGAGAUUUAGAAGUAGCAGCCGAAUUCGAUAUUAGUGUGCCAAUUCCGGAACUUCUGGAACGUCUUGCCAUUACUGGCCACGUCCUUCUAGUUUUACCACACAAUGACAACUAUGCAGUUUUUGUUCCCCAAAGCCUUCGAAGUCACAGAGAAUAUUUGCAUUGUCUUCUGGAUCUUUCCUCACGAUCGGAGCCAUCUCCGCGGUCCAGCGACGAUAAGGAGGAAUCGAUUCCUCGUUAUUCUCAAUCCAGUGAAGACGAUGCAGAAAACGAGGGCUAUAUGAUACUACUUCAGACACAAACUGGCGAUGGCGAAACAGUUGAAACUCUAUGGAAGGGGGAAACAGUCCGGAUUCAUAACCUCAGAGACGACGCAAUCCUGCGUUCGCACGUCCAGCGUGAAGUGUUACUGCUAAUUGUUUUCAAUGCUAUUCAUCUGUCAGCUAGGCGUCGCGAAGUGCAGGAGAUACUCGGCCCUGGUCUUGAAUUAAGAUACGAGAAUAGACCAUCGAAUUACGUUGUUGCUGAAUCCCUCCUUCAGCUCAAGAAUGAAGUUAUCUACUUGAGCCAGACAAUUAUUCAAUCGAUUGAAGAUGUGGUGAAUAAGUGCAACGUCCAAUAUUUGAACGUACACCUUCUAGACCCAGUAGAACAGGCACCGCUAAUAAGCCGAUGGAAGGAAGUUGUACGCCAUUGUUUCAAAUUGGGUUUCGAAUUCAACAAAGAUGUCCUGCGUCUCGUUUCUGGAAAACCAAACGUUGAGCUAGCUCUCAAUGUAGUCAAACUGGCUAAUUUAUGGAUGAGUUUUACUGUGAAACAUAGUGAACGCGGCCGUGGACUUCGACCCAAAUGGGCUACCCAGGGACUAGAGUUUCUUGUUACCGCCUGCGAAUCGGACAUUACACACCAUCUCUCUGAUGAAGAGUUUUGCCGACUGAAAGAAUCAGUCAGCCAAUGUGUGCAUCACGUCAUAGGCUCACUGGAUCAUAGUUCCAAAAUACAGUCUUUGUCUCCAGUUAUCCGCCGGUUUUCCAAAAGCUCAAUACCGGUCUUUCCAAACAGUUUAUCAGCAGACGCCCUUUCACCUUCUUUAAGCCCAAUGAUGUCGAGAAAAAUGUCUUUGAAUAUUUCUAGAGAAGAACUACCGAUCUCAUUUUUUCCUCUACCUCGAAGGGAUUCCGCAAAUGAUGUUUUGCCGUGGAAGCAGCGCGUAAGCCGCUCCAUAGACGCAAUCGAAUCGCAGCGUGAUGCUGCAUUGGAAGAGGCUACAUUGAUCGGACGAGUAUCCCGACAAACCAAAGAAGCCAAAUGGCACAUCCGUUUGAAGAGCGUCCAAUUCUCGUGGCAACGUGGAGUCAAAAUCGGACAAGGCCGCUUUGGAAAGGUGUACGUUGCGGUGAACAACAAAACGGGAGAACUCAUGGCGAUGAAAGAAAUUGCACUGCAACCCAAUGAUCAUCGGACCAUCCGCAGUGUCGUGGAUGAAUUGCAUAUUUUCGAAGGAAUACAUCACCCGCAUCUGGUUCGUUACUAUGGCUUGGAAAUUCAUCGUGAAGAAAUGAUAAUCUUCAUGGAAUACUGUCCGGAGGGGACCUUGGAAAAUUUGGUUGCUUCAACCGAAACAGGCCUACCUGAAGAACUCAUUCGACGUUUCACGCGCCAACUUCUCGAGGCCGUCGUUGUUUUGCACGAAAAUGGAAUCGUGCAUAGAGACAUUAAAGGAGCCAACAUUUUCCUUACUGACGUUGGUAAUUGUUUGAAAUUAGGUGAUUUUGGUUGUGCCGCUAAAAUCAAAUCCCAGACGACCAUGUUUGGAGAACUGCAAGGUUUUGUUGGCACUCAAGCGUUUAUGGCUCCAGAGGUUUUUAUGCAUACGAUGACGGAGGGCCACGGGCGUGCAGCAGACAUCUGGAGCGUGGGCUGUGUUGUCAUAGAAAUGGCGACAGGAAAAAGACCGUGGUACGAGCUAGAAUCCAAUUAUGCUAUUAUGUUCAAAGUUGGUAUGGGGGAAGUCCCUCCCGCGCCACCUACGCUUAGUGAGGAAGGCCAAGCGUUUCUUUCCCAUGUUCUCCAACAUGAUCCAAAGCAGAGAGAAACCGCAGCCAAUUUGCUUGAACACAAUUUUCUAAAAGUAUAUCAGGAGGAUGACCCUUCAUACUCUGCAGUGACUCAUCCUUUGGUUUCUAGUUUGGCGAAUCGUUAAUGGCGCAGCGGCAAUUCUAAAAAACAAAGUUGUGAUUCUAUAAACAACAGAAGUUCCUUGUUUUGUUUACAUUCCUCAUAUUCUAUUCUUUCUGACUACUUUUAAAUCUCUGUCAGUUAUUGGUCAUAGGACUUGGAUAACGUAUAUGUCCGAUCCAAACUCUUACGUAACAAGAGCAAUACAAACGAAUAAGUUAAAGUGCAA